AGGCAGCAUCAGCAUGGCCGAGGAGACCCGCGUCAUCUACCACCUGGACGACCAGGAAACCCCGUACCUGAUCCGGAUCAACGUACCCGCGCAGCGCGUCACCCUGGCCGACUUCAAACAGAUCGUGAACAAACCGAACGUGAAAUUUUUCUUCAAGAGCGUGGACGAUGACUUCGGGGUGGUGAAAGAGGAGAUCAGCGAUGACGGCGCUCGGCUGCCCUUCGUGAAUGGACGAGUCGUCUGCUGGCUCGUGUCCUCGGACUCGUCCCUGCCUGAUUUCAGAGGGUCGGACAGUCAGUCUUUAGCCACACCCACUAGUCCAGCUCCGCCUCCUGUCGAAAGGACAGGUGGGAUAGGAGACUCCAGACCGCCAUCUUUCCACGCUGCUGUCGCCAGCAGUCAGGAUGACCAGCAGGGGCUGCUACAAAGACCCGAGGGGGCGAAGGACACAGGUGGGCGUCUGAAUGGCCAUGCCCACCAACCAGGUGACCAGAAUGGGCGGAAGCCGGCAGGUGGAGGUGACAGCUCGUCAACCCAGCAGAGCAGCCAAUUAGAGACAACCAGCUUCUGCUCGUCUGAGGAAGACUCCGGAGGAAGGUUCAGCCAGUCAACAGGCCAGAGCAGUUCCUCACCUAAACUCGUCAGGCGACAACGCCGCCGCCAUCGAAAACCCAAAACUCAGCGGAUGGAGAGGUCAGUGUCUUUCAGCAGCGUUACUGACUCUACCAUGUCUCUGAACGUUAUCACCGUUUCUCUGAACAUGGAGCUGUAUAACUUCCUGGGGAUUAGUAUCGUUGGUCAGAGUAACGACAGAGGAGACGGGGGUAUUUACAUCGGCUCCAUCAUGAAGGGCGGAGCGGUAGCAGCUGACGGACGCAUCGAGCCUGGAGACAUGUUACUACAGGUGAACGACAUAAACUUUGAGAACAUGAGUAAUGACGACGCCGUACGGGUGCUGAGAGAGAUCGUUCAUAAACCAGGCUCUGUGACACUGACAGUGGCCAAGUGCUGGGACCCCAGUCCACGAGGAUGCUUCACGUUGCCCAGGAGUGAGCCAGUCCGGCCCAUCGAUCCUGCCGCCUGGGUGUCCCACACGGCUGCCAUGACAGGCAGGCUUCUCCCCCACUACAGUAAGUCUCCCAUCAGCUCCUAUGGCUCCCCUUCUCAACCUGUUGUCCCCUCUUUGACUCCGCCCACCUUAUGUUGGUAUUACUCAGGUGUGCAGGAGGACCACUCCCUGACCAUCCACAGUGACAUGACCGCUGUGGUCAGAGCCAUGGCCAACCGGGAGUCUGGCCUGGAGGUCAGAGAUCGGAUGUGGUUGAAGAUCACCAUCCCCAACGCCUUCAUAGGUUCUGACGUGGUUGACUGGCUCCACCGGAAUGUGGAAGGUUUCACGGAUCGCCGUGAAGCUCGAAAGUACGCCGGAAACCUGCUGAAGGCGGGCUACAUCCGCCACACAGUCAACAAGGUGACGUUCUCUGAGCAGUGCUACUAUGUCUUCACUGACCUGUGUGCAGGUCUCGGGGUGCUGUCUCUGCUGGACCACAUUGAAGGAGGAGGAUCGGACUGCGACCUACUGGCCCCACCUCCAGGCCCCCAGCAGCCCCUGGCCUUCCCCUACCAGUUCCCCAUCCCUCACCCCUACAGCACUCCUCCCCCCAAUGCUCAGCUACCUGCCUGGGGAGGAGGAGAAGGAGGGAGUCCACACAGUGAAGGAGAGCAAGGAAGCAGCGGCUCAGACUGCAGUGAAGGGAAGAAAGAGCGAGAACGAGGCAGCCAAUCAGAGCCUACCACACAGGAAGUUGGUGUUUCGUCAGACAAACAGCUGACCGAAGGGUCGCCUAGCAACCACAGUGCCCGGCAGCCCCUGGCCUCCUUCUCUGGUCCCCAAGGUAACAAGGACUCCAAAGAUCUGGCACCAUCACCGGCUCGGGCUCGCCAUCGUGACCUUGCCACUGCCCGUCAGUCCUUCUGCCUGGCCAUGGGAAACCCCAGUGAUUUCUUUGUGGAUGUCAUGUGACCAGUUUAAUGUGUCACUUCCUGUCAGGAGACCAUUCCAAAUAAAAACUCAUUUUUUGCUUUGAAGACGUUUGGAGGCAACCUGUAGCUGACUGCCAACUAACACUGGGAACGUUGGCCGCCAUCCUGAGCAGGAAUGACAAAGUUUGAUCCAAAACUACAAGAUUAACAUUAAACUUCCUGUUGGUAUGAUAAAAAGGCAUCGAUCAAGUAAGAAUCACUGUGAGCACCAGCAGAAGACCCACGUUCCUCCUCCUAAAACACAGCAGGGGUUCUACUGGGAUGGCAAGCUCCUACAUCUGCUCUGGUUCUACUGGGACAGCGAGCUCCUACAUCUGUUCUGGUUCUACUGGGAAGGGUGGUCGUACGUCUGUUCUGGUUCUACUGGGACGGCGUGCUCCUACAUCUGUUCUGGUUCUACUGGGACGGCGUGGUCGUACGUCUGUUCUGGUUCUACUGGGACGGCGUGGUCGUACAUCUGUUCUGGUUCUACUGGGAUUGCGUGCUCCUAUGUCUGUUCUGAUUGACUUCAGAGGGCUUCAGCCAUCUUUCUGAGGUGUUGACAGGUAGACUUAUCGGGGACAUCCUGUUAGCCUGAUGUCGUCCUGAUCUUUGACUGCCUGCACGUCAUCAUGAGGUUGGCCCUCACUGAGAGCCAUGAAAAGCAGGUGGACAGGUGAGCAUAAACAUGCUGGUGAAAGUUUUAAUGAUUGAGGAGUUUCAGACAUCAGAGCGGUCCAUGACCACAGGACCUCAAACAGAGCUCAGACUCCACAUGUUGGCACGUUUAAGGUUUCCAGUGAUCAGAAGCUGAACGAACCUCCUGCCUAGUGUCAGAUUGACCAAUAACAUUGACAACGUGAGAGGAAGCCCCUCUGUCCCAUCUAGAAGCAGACUGUCUGUGCUGUUUAAGUUUGAUUGAAGCUUUGGUACCUACUGAUUUUACUGAUCUUUGAUUGUUAGUAUAUUGCAAUUUCAUUGGAAUUUUCAGAGUAAUAAAAGUUGAAGCUGGCCAGUUUAAACAGCAGCCGUCAGCCAAACAGCAGACUACUCACUGAAUACAGCCUCUGCAUGACCUCAUUAAAAAUUCAUCAAAUAUAGAAAUGUUCUUUUUUUAUAAUUAUUCUAACGGUGUGUUAAUUAUAAAACAAUGGAAUUAGACUGAGCUGUUUCUUUGUGAACCUUAUCUCUGUAUUGUGAUGAAAUGACUCUGAAAGCUUUUAUUAACUUAAAAAUAAUAAACAUCACCCUGUCUUCA